UUGAAAGCUGAACUGCCGCCAUGGGCCGCGUCAUCCGGGGACAGAGGAAAGGCGCUGGUUCUGUGUUCCGCACGUAUGUGAAGCAUCGUAAGGGCGCCGCGCGACUGCGCGCCGUGGACUUCGCCGAGCGGCACGGCUACAUCAAGGGCAUAGUGAAGGACAUUAUCCAUGACCUGAGCCGCGGCGCGCCCCUCGCCAAGGUGGUCUUCAGAGACCCCUACCGGUUCAAGAAACGGACAGAACUGUUCAUCGCAGCUGAAGGCAUGCACACCGGCCAGUUCGUGUACUGCGGCAAGAAGGCCCAGCUCAAUAUCGGCAAUGUUCUCCCUGUGGGCACCAUGCCUGAGGGCACCAUCGUGUGCUGUCUGGAGGAGAAGCCUGGAGACCGAGGCAAGCUAGCGCGGGCCUCUGGAAACUAUGCCACUGUCAUCUCCCACAACCCCGAGACCAAGAAAACCCGAGUGAAGCUGCCCUCGGGCUCCAAGAAGGUCAUCUCCUCUGCCAACAGAGCUGUGGUUGGUGUGGUGGCCGGUGGUGGCCGCAUAGACAAGCCCAUCCUGAAGGCUGGUCGUGCCUAUCACAAGUAUAAGGCCAAGAGGAACUGCUGGCCUCGCGUGCGGGGUGUGGCCAUGAACCCUGUGGAGCAUCCCUUUGGAGGUGGUAACCACCAGCACAUUGGCAAGCCCUCAACUAUCCGCAGGGAUGCCCCUGCUGGUCGCAAAGUGGGUCUCAUUGCUGCUCGCCGGACUGGGCGGCUCCGGGGAACCAAGACUGUGCAGGAGAAGGAGAACUAGGGCUGAGGACUCAAUAAAUUCUUUUCUCCUGUCAAAAAA